AUGUCAACUGAAGAUGCGGUUUUUUAAUCAUAAACAUUAGAUAAAAGAAUUGACCUCGAAUUUGAACAAGAUGAAAAGGUUAUAAUUAUAGAAAUUAAUCCUCAAAAAGUGUUAAAGGAAUUCUUUGCAUAAUUUCAGCUAUUGAAUAGAAUUAUUGUCAGAUAUCUAAAUUAUUCUCUAUAAACUUGUUUGGAAAUCUAGUACGGAAGAAAUUAAUUAUUAAUUUCAUCUCAAGACUCUAGAGUAUUAUUGGAAGAUUAAAAAAUUGUGAUGUAAAAAAACAAAUUAGAUUAAAUAGUGGAUACUUAAGGUAUAUGGAUAUAUUUGAAUAAAAAAACUUUAAAUUUGAAUAUUGGAUAUGGGGAAGCUAGAAAAGAAACAAUAGUAGCUCAUUAUAUAAUGGAAUCAGUCCAAAAUAGUAUAAAAUCAAUCAAAUAAAUUACAAUAUGGUAAGAAUCGAUUCCCUUAAACUUCUUACCUUAAAUUAUAUCCAGUUAAAAAGGAGAGCUAAAGCCAAUAAGGAUUCACACAAAAGAUCAUUUUAUUCCCACACUAAGUUCUGUUAUCUUAUAAAAAUGCUAAAAUAUUUUUGAUUUGAAUCAAGGGAAGUAAGCAAAGAAUUUAGCUUCAGAAAUAGACGAUUUAUAUUAAUAAGCAAGUUAAAUUGAAUUGCAUUAAAUAGAAUAUUUUGAAUCUGGUUAAUAAGUUUAGGGAGUAGCUAAAUUUAAUUUAGGAGACUUAAUUCAUCAUAGUGUUACAAUUGAAGGAUGCAAAUUGAACUAAAUACUAAAAAAUAAAUAGGAAACUACUCAAAAAAAUGGUUUAGAUCCUUUAAUGACUUACAUAAGAUUGGGAUUAGGCCAUUUUAAUAAAGAUUCUGCAGGACAUUAAUUUGUCUUAGAAAUUUGGCCAUUUAAACAUUAUUCAUCUAUUCAUGAUCAUGCAGGAUAAUAUGGAAUAGUAAAGGUUUUAUAAGGAAUAAUUAAUGUAAAAAUUUAUGCCAUUUUAUCAAAUGCCAAACAUUUGAUGAAUCCUAUAAAGUCAUUAACAUGUAAUCAGAAUGAUAUGACAUGGCUGUCACCUAAAUUAAAUUAGGUUCAUUAACUAAAUAAUUUCUAUCCAUAAACAGCAAUAACAUUAUAAUGUUAUAAAUAUUCUAAAAAAUCCUAAGAAAAAAUUAAACAGUUUGCUUAUGUUGCAAAUUAGUAAUAUAAAAACUUUAAUCCAUUAUCAGAUUUUCCAGAUAUAGAAUUGCAUACUAUUUUUAAAGAAUUAGUUGAAGAGUAUUCUAAUUUGUAUAAAAAAAAAUGA